UUUGUACCCUUUGUCUUCUCAUUAUCUUCCUUUGACAACUUCCUCAAAUUCGUCAUUUUUGCUGCUACUGUAAACAACCCGUGUGCUCUGUUUUUUGUCAAUUGCUGAAAACAAGCAAUGGGGUUGCAGAAAAACCUCUUGAACAAGAAAACCCUCAAUAAUGUUGUAAAAACUAUUUGGGUUUCUGAUAAGUUUAAUCCGUCUUCCCUCCGCCGGUUUUCGUCGUUGCAGCAGCCGGAGAUUCCACCUUUUGAUUAUCAACCAGUUCCAUACAAAGGCCCAUUAGCCGAUGAAGUCUUUGAAAAGCGAAAGAAGUAUCUUGGCCCGUCUCUCUUCCAUUACUACCAGAAGCCACUUAAUAUAGUAGAAGGGAAGAUGCAAUAUUUGUUUGAUGAAAAUGGGAAGCGUUAUCUGGAUGCAUUUGCGGGGAUAGUUACAGUUUCCUGUGGUCAUUGCCAUCCUGAGAUUUUGAGUGCUAUUGAGGAGCAAAACAAGCUUCUUCAGCAUGCUACAACUAUAUACUUGCACCACGCAAUUGGUGAUUUUGCAGAGGGACUAGCAGCAAAGAUGCCUGGAAAUUUAAAGGUUGUGUAUUUUGUAAAUUCUGGGACGGAAGCAAAUGAACUGGCAAUGCUCAUGGCACGGCUAUACAGUGGUAACCUUGGGAUGAUUGCCUUGCGAAAUGCAUACCAUGGUGGAAGUGCUGGUACAAUUGGAUUGACAGCUUUGAACACAUGGAAAUACCCGAUACCACAGGGUGAAAUUCAUCAUGUCGUAAAUCCAAACCCCUACCGUGGGGUCUUUGGCUCGGACGCUAGUCGCUAUGCUCAAGAUGUACAAGAUCACAUUGAUCAUGGUACUUCAGGAAGCGUUGCUGGUUUUAUUUCUGAAACGAUUCAGGGAGUUGGGGGAGCAGUUGAAUUGGCCCCUGGCUAUUUGAAACCAGUUUAUGAAAUGGUACGUAAAGCUGGUGGUGUCUGCAUCGCUGAUGAAGUUCAAACAGGAUUUGGUCGCACAGGAAGCCAUUACUGGGGUUUUCAAACACAGGAUGUAAUUCCUGACAUCGUCACCAUGGCAAAGGGAAUCGGAAAUGGUUUACCCUUAGGAGCAGUGGUUACUACCCCCGAAAUAGCACAAGUAAUGGCUCAGAAAAUACAAUUCAACACCUUUGGAGGGAACCCCGUAUGCUCUGCCGGUGGACUUGCCGUGCUCAGAGUUCUCGAUAAGGAAAACCGUCAAAAGCAUUGUUCGGAUGUCGGGUCCCAUUUGAUCGGACGAUUGAAAGAUCUUCAGCAGAAGUUUGACUUAAUCGGAGAUGUCCGAGGGAGGGGGUUGAUGGUCGGCAUUGAGCUCGUGACUGACCGGAAAGAGAAGACGCCAGCGAAGGCUGAAACUGCGGUUUUGUUUGAGAAACUAAGAGAGCUCGGAGUUCUGGUUGGCAAAGGUGGAUUACAUGGGAAUGUUUUCAGAAUAAAACCACCUAUGUGCUUCAACAAAGAUGAUGCAGAUUUCCUUGUUGACGCGUUGGAUUAUUCAAUAUCAAAGCUGUGAAAAUGUAUCGUAGGGAACUCGAUCUUUGCCAAGAAGCUCAAGCUCGAGUCAUGGGAUCGUCAUGUCGAACACUAGCUUAUUAAACAUCUAGUGAUGGUGAAUAUGACGAUAGCUGUUGAUAUCCCGGUUUAUAAGUUGUUGUUACACAUCGUAAUUUACUCCAGUCGGGCCCUUCAUGGCCGGGCCCGUUUGACAAACUGAAUAUUUUUCUUUAUCAUCAUUUCAUUUCUUUCAAC